AUGAAUGUAUCAAGAAUAUUAUUAAGUAACUCAAAAAUAUUAAAGAGGAAUAUUGAAUUUAAAGAAAUAUUUACCCCUAGAUGGUUUUUAGAAUGUCCUAAUUAUAGUCGCAUGCCAUUAUGGAAAAGAUUUUUUGAAGGACAGUAUACAAAUGGAUCUUUUUUAUUUUUUGGAAAUGCAUGGACAUCAAUGUUUGCUUUUGCAUUUAUGUUAUGGUAUUCAAGAAUUUUUGAUCCUCCACCUUUAGAAAGAAUAGAUAAAUACUGGUUGAAUUCACCAAAAUUUCGUAUUUUAUCUGCUUUUUAUAAUCAAGGUAAAAGACCAGGGGUUAAAAUAUCUUUGAUGACUUAUGAAGCAAGAUAUUUUUACAGAGGUAUGGAUCAUCCAUUUACUAUAAAUGAAAUUAAAGAUUUAUGGUUCAAGUUAAAAGAAAAUUACUUAAUAGAAAGCGUACCAGCUAUUCAAUAUCCUUAUGUUUUUAGGCAAUACAAUAAGGUCUCAUCCCCAUCAGAUUUACACGUACACCUACAUUAA